GAAACGGUAUUCCCAUGGCCCAAACACCUUUUUUCCACUGAUGUAGUGAGAGAGAGAGAUUUCCAAAUCUGAACAAAACCCAGCGCCAAUUUCCUACUUUGCUUCGCUUACUCUCUCUCUCUCAAUUUUGGCGUUGGUACAAAUUAAACACUGAAAACAAAAAGCCCAUAUAAUAUAUAUAUAUAUAUAUAAUAUAUAUAGCCAAUCAUAUAUUCACAGCUCUGGGCUUUCAACAGACAAACAGAGAAAAAGCUAGAAAGAGAAAAACAUUGUUUUCCUCGCAUUUGCCGCGCUGCUCUGAACUUUCCUUUCAACUCGUUUUUGUAAACCCAGUUUGCGCUUUCACACCUCCUAAAUCUACAUAUUUGUAGUUAAAGUGCAUGCAUAAUUUUUGGCAUCUGGAGGAUGUAGGACAUUUUUUUAAGGAUGGCUUCUGGAGAAGAUAGCUGCAGGUUUGGUUCCUUGCCAACCACUUUAAGGGAUAUGUCGUCAUCAUCUUCAGCAUUCUUUUCUGCGAAUCAGUCGCCUUUCUUCUCUCCAAGAUCAUCAUCAUUCCAAUUAUCUGAAUCAACAAGGUCUGGUGCUCCAUGUGACAGCUUUCCAUUAAGUGUUGAUCCCCUUAGCAGUUCUGGGAUUCUUCAACCUGAAAUUGUAUCAAAUGUUAGGCAUGCAUUGUCCGACAUUUCACCAGCACCAGCCACGUGUAUUUCCAGCAAUUCCCAGAAGUUUGAUUGUGUAGGUUCCUCAACUGGCAUCUUUAACAGCACCCAAUCUAGUUACAGCAAUGCCAAUGGCUGUGGUUAUUCUGGACACAGAGAAAGACAGAAGAAGCAUGAGAAACACCAUGGAGCCUCAUUUAUACCAGGUCCAUUUUCACUUUCCUCUAACAGAAUGAGGAGCUGUGACAUAUUCAUAGGCUUGCACGGGCGCAAACGAAGUUUGCUCAGGUUUGCUAAUUGGCUCCGUGCUGAAUUGGAGGCUCAAGGGAUUAGUUGCUUUGUAUCUGAUAGAGCUCGAUGUCGGAACUCGCGUAAACUUGGACUUGUUGAGAAGGCUAUGGAUGCUUCUUCAUAUGGGGUUGUCAUUCUCACAAAGAAGUCAUUCCGAAAUUCAUAUACCAUUGAAGAGGUGCGAUUUUUUUCAGGUAAGAAGAACCUGGUCCCAAUAUUCUUUGAUCUGAAUCCUGGUGAUUGCCUUGUCAGGGAUAUAGUUGAGAAGAAGGGGGAGCUGUGGGAGAAACAUGGAGGAGAGUUAUGGAAUUUGUACGGAGGUUUGGAGAAGGAGUGGAAGGAAGCUGUUCAUGGCCUUUGUCGGGUUGAUGAGUGGAAACUUGAAGCCCAGGAUGGUAACUGGAGAAAUUGUAUAUUCAGGGCUGUCAUAUUAUUAGCAAUGAGAUUAGGGAGGAGAAGUGUUGCAGAGCGGUUAACCAAGUGGAGAGAGAAAGUGGAGAAAGAGGAGUUCCCUUUCUCUCGAAACCAGAAUUUCAUUGGUAGGAAGAAAGAACUGUCUGAGCUAGAGUUUAUACUUUUUGGUGAUGUUAUUGGAGAUUCAGAAAGAGAUUAUGUUGAGCUUAAGGCUAAACCGAGGCGAAAGAAUUUGGCAAUUGGGUGGUGUAAUAACAGUUCAUGUGAGGAAAAGCCGAGGGAUUGGCAGUUCGAGACUGGCAAGAGUAAGGGGAAAGAACCAGUUGUAUGGAAGGAAUCAGAAAAGGAAAUUGAGAUGCAUAGUACUGGACUUCCUCAAAGGCAACACCAGCCAAGGCCAAAAAUUGGUGGGAAGUAUGCAAGAAGAAAAAGAUCAAUGAAGAUUCUGUAUGGGAAGGGGAUUGCUUGUGUGUCUGGAGACUCAGGAAUUGGCAAGACAGAGCUUCUUCUGGAAUUUGCUUACAGAUAUCGCCAGAGGUACAAGAUGGUCUUAUGGGUAGGCGGGGAAAGCAGGUAUAUUAGGCAGAACUAUCUUAAUCUCUGGUCAUUUUUAGAAGUUGAUGUGGGGCUUGAAAAUUUUUCCAAGGAAAGCAGCACUAAAAAUUUUGAAGAGCAGGAAGAGACUGCCAUAUCUACAGUACGCAAAGUGCUCAUGAGGAACAUACCUUUUCUGGUGGUAAUUGAUAACUUAGAGAGUGAAAAGGACUGGUGGGAUCACAAACUUGUAAUGGAUCUUCUUCCCCGUUUUGGUGGAGAGACCCACAUAAUAAUAUCAACGCGCCUUCCUCGUGUGAUGAAUUUGGAACCUUUGAAACUCUCAUACUUAUCUGAGGUUGAAGCAAUGUCACUAAUGCAGGGAACUGUAAAAGAUUAUUCAAUUGCAGAAAUCAAUGCUCUAAGAGUUAUUGAGGAGAAACUAGGAAGGUCAACAUUGGGGCUUGCAAUUGUUGGUGCAAUAUUGUCUGAGCUUCCUAUAACUCCAAGUAGACUAUUGGAGACCACUAAUAGAAUGCCCUUGAAGGGGCUGAUAUGGAGUGGUAAGCAAGCUCAUUCAUUGAGGCGGAACAUUUUCCUGUUCCAACUCUUAGAGGUGUGUUUCUCAAUAUUUGAUCAUGCAGAUGCACCAAGGAGUUUGGCAACCAGAAUGGUCCUGGCAAGUGGUUGGUUUGCACCUUGUGCAAUUCCUGUUUCUUUGUUAGCCCUAGCUGCUCAUAAGAUUCCAAAAAAGCAUAGAAAGACCCGUUUGGUAAGAAAAUUGUUGCAUUCUUUAACUUGCAGUCUUGCUUCAUCAUACACCAAGAGAUCGAAAGUUGAAGCAUCAUCCAUGUUGUUAAGAUUUAAUAUUGCAAGGAGCGGUACCAAGCAAAGUUACAUAUAUGUCAAUGAGCUCAUCAAGCUUUAUGCUCGCAAGAGAGGAGCAAGUGGAGCUCCACAAGCCAUGGUUCAAGCUAUCAUCAAUCGUGGAUCAAUAACUCAGCAUGCAGAACACAUUUGGGCAGCAUGUUUCUUGUUAUUUGGAUUUGGUAAUGACCCUGUGGUUGUUGAGCUCAAGGUGCCGGAUUUGCUAUACGUUGUCAAGGAAGUGGUCUUGCCUCUUUCAAUCCGAACAUUUAUUACAUUCUCUAGGUGCAGUGCUGCUCUCGAACUCCUUCGACUGUGUACCAAUGCCUUGGAAGAGGCAGACCAAGCGUUUGUUAUGCCAGUUGAGAAGUUGUUAGACAGAUCACUUUGCUGGAGGCCUAUUCGGACUAAUGCUCAGUUAAAUCCUUGCCUUUGGCAGGAGUUGGCACUAUCAAGAGCCACAGUUUUGGAAACUAGGGCCAAGUUAAUGAUAAAAGGGGGACUAUUUGACAUAGGGGAUGAUCUAAUUAGGAAGGCUGUAUUUAUUAGAACUUCUAUUUGCGGUGAAGAUCAUCCGGACACCAUAUCCGCUCGCGAAACUCUUAGCAAACUAACAAGACUUCUUGCUAAUGUUGAAAUACAUACUUCUCUAUAGUUUUUAUAUUUCUUGUAAGCAAAAUUUACUCCAAAAUUAAUACAAAAUUCUCAAGUGAAACUUAUUGUAUACCAAUCGGGGAUUUUCUAAACCAUUUUUUUUACCACAGAAAAAGAUUCUCCUGCA